AUGCCACCCAUCACGUCGCCGCGGCGCACGGUGCUACACUCGCCACCUGCGCCGUUGCGUCCCGUGCCCGUCCCGAUUCCGGGCGCACCCGUGCCUCCUUUGAGUUCGUCGGCCUCGACAUUCGCAAGCACCCCGCCGAGCGCGGGCACGUCGCCGGGCACGAGCUUGGGUUCGGUAAUGGCGCGUACCCUCUCACAUGGCGCGUCGAGUUAUGGUCAUAGCCACGGCCACAGCCAUUCCAAUUCAAGCCACACGGGGAGCCUCGGACAUGCGCCUUACAUGGUCGCGCUGGCCGGGUGGCCCGAGCCGCUGUUCGUCGCCGAGCGCGAACUGUGGGACGUGCGCAAGCGCUCGCGGCCGACGACGCCCACGGGUUUCCGCGGCGAGGUACGCGACGGCGUCGCUUGUCCUCUUCCCGCGUCGCUUGUGAAUGCCGCCCCAACUAACGGGCUGGUACACCCGCAGCCGGUUAAAUCAGCCCCGCCCCAAGUCCACGCACCAAUCCACAGCCACAGCCUGCCGCUCAGCCACCGCCGCUCACGCCCGGGCUCGCCCACAGGCUUCCCAACAAGCAGUGCGCGCGACGCGCCCCCCCCAGGCCCCGAGAGCGCGCCGAGUUCGUCGGCAUCCACGCCGCCGCGGCACGACGCGCCGGGCCCCAAUCCGCUUUCGGGUACUCUUGCGCGGUUAGCCCUCGGUGACCACCGGGAACGCGUGCCCAAUCCCACCCUCGCGGCGCGCACGGUGCGCCGGCACAUUGACAAGCUCGGUGGAUUUUCGGACCCGCGCUACCACGCCAAUGCGGCGGUUGUCGGGCGCGGACGCAGUCUGCGCGUGGCACCCGCAUGGGCGAGUAGCACGCCAGUUCAGCCGUACGCGGACCGCCCUCCGAGCGGGCACGGACGUGGCUGGCCAGCCGUCUCGCGGGCCGUGCCAGAGGUCUGGCCACCGCCUGGCGUCAUCGCACAAGUGUACCCGCGCGACCCCGAUACGAUAUUUUAUCCGCGCGCUGGUAGUAGUGGGGAGGAGGACGAGCCGGCGUGCAAGGCCGCACGGACGGUGGUUACUGAGGCUGAGCGCAAGCGCGAGCGCGAGGCCUCGGCGUCAGCGCCCGAGGACAAGGACAAGGAGGAAGUCAAGGUGGAGAGGGGCAUGGACGUUGACCGCUAA